UUAACAUGGAGGAUUACAUAUCUAAAAUAAAACGGUUUUCUAAACUGGACUUUCAAUCGAAGCAGGAGGUAAUAAUUAAAGGAAUAUCUCCAGAGACUUUUAAAAUUGAAGAAAGAUAAGAAAGACUGCCUUUGAUCAGAAGCAGCUGUACAUGGACCCAUUUACAAGUAAAGGUGUUGCAGAGGCAUGGACUGUAACUGCGUCAGCGAUCUGCUGCUGCCCCCGGUGCCCGCCCUCUGGACGCCAGGGUUCGCUUUCCCGGACUGGGCCUACAAGCCGGAGUCCAGCCCCGGAUCCAGGCAGAUCCAGCUGUGGCAUUUCAUCCUGGAGCUGCUGCAGAAGGAGGAGUACCAGGGCGUGAUCGCCUGGCAGGGCGACUACGGCGAGUUUGUCAUCAAGGACCCGGACGAGGUGGCCCGACUGUGGGGGAUCAGGAAGUGCAAACCUCACAUGAACUACGACAAGCUGAGCAGGGCACUGAGGUAUUACUACAACAAGCGUAUUUUGCACAAGACCAAAGGGAAGCGCUUCACCUACAAGUUUAACUUCAGCAAGGUGGUGCUGGUCAACUACCCCAUCCUGGACAUGGCCAACUCGCCCUUCUUCCUGGCCCAGAACCACUUCAACGGGGGCUCCGCGGCACCGGACUGCAGCCCAGAGGCCAUCCAGUCCCUGUUCCCUCGCUUGCCCGACUCCGGCAGAGCUUCCUCCCUGUUUGAUCGGGGGACGACAGCGCCGGCGCCCGAAGGAGACAAGCUCAGACUGGACACGUUUCCUUUCCUCGGCUCAGGCACCCCGUGUUACUCCAAGCCCCCGUCCCUGCUGGGCCCCUACCCCCGCAACCCUCCCUUUGACUACCCCUGGGGCUUCAACCCCUACCUCCCCGGGGCCUUCUCUCUCAACAACUGCCCCAAACUGCCCGCCGGCUCCCUCUACCCCUCCCAGUUCUACCCCGGCCCCUUGCAGAGCGGCCUCUCCCAGCUGCCUCACCCCUUCGCCAGCUUGCUGCCCCCGGGGGAGGCGGCGGCGGCGGCGCACACCGGCGGGACAAACGGCACGGCGGGGAGCAGACUGGGCUUGCCGCCCUACCCGGGGAGCCUGACGCUGGGGCGCGCGGACAUCGGCAGCGGGGCGUCGUUAGGGGAGAGACCCGACCCCGCGGUGUUGAACCUGGGCCUCGUGGCCGCAGGGGGCCGCCAGAGCCCCGCGGAGAGGCAGGGCAGCGUGAAGCAGGACCCCGAGUCGGACUCCGACCUGGAGAUCACAGACCUGAGCGACUGCAGCUCGGACAAUGAGCCCGAGUUCACCGCGGCCAAGGAGGUCCGCCAGGGGGCGCGGCCGCAGACGGCGCCGGAUGGGAAGAAGGCGGCCAUGUUGCCGCCCCUCACGUCCGUGUCCCCCCACCCUCUGAAGACCCUGAUGCCCAUCACUCCCACACCCCCUGCCCUCACGCCCUCGCUUGUCCCCGCCGUGGCGUCUUUGCAUGAGCGACACAGGGAGACAGAGACCCUUAAGAUGAUCCGCAGCUAAUACUUCUUCUUCUUCUACGGUGUGUGCGCGCUCUUCUUCUUCUCUGUAGCACUUUGU